AUGGGUAUCCCGGCGGCUUUCCGAUGGCUGUCAAACAAGUACCCCAAGAUCAUCUCCCCAGUCAUCGAGGAGCAACCCGUCAAGAUGGAUGAUGGAUCAGAAAUCCCCGUCGACACAACCGGGCCUAAUCCGAAUGGCGAGGAGCUCGACAACCUGUAUCUUGACAUGAACGGUAUCGUCCAUCCAUGUUCCCACCCCGAGGAUCGCCCCGCCCCCAAGGACGAGGAGGAGAUGAUGCUUGAAGUUUUCAGGUAUACGGAUCGUGUUGUCAAUAUGGUUCGGCCGCGGAAGCUGCUGAUGAUUGCUGUUGGUUGGUUCUCUCCCCCCUCUCCCCCUCUUCCCAUAUCAUUGAUUUCAUCCGUCGAUACCGUUACUGAACAAGAUGAUUUUUGCGUAGACGGCGUCGCGCCACGUGCAAAGAUGAAUCAACAGCGAUCUCGUCGCUUCCGGUCUGCGCAGGAAGCCCAGGAGAAGGAAGAGGAUAAGCAAGAGCUAUUGAAGUUGUUGAAGCAGCAGAAUGGUGGCGCAGUACCCGAUGACACACUCGAGGGCGUCACCAAGAAGGCUUUUGACUCCAAUUCCAUUACUCCCGGCACUCCCUUCAUGGACAUCUUGGCCUCAAGCUUAAGAUACUGGUGCGCGUACAAGCUUAAUACGGACCCAGCCUGGGCGAAACUCAAGAUCAUCAUCUCCGAUGCGACAGUCCCCGGCGAGGGAGAACAUAAAAUUAUGUCAUUCGUGAGAUCCCAGCGCAUCUCUCCCGACUACGACCCGAAUACCCGACACGUCAUCUAUGGCCUCGAUGCCGACUUGAUCAUGCUUGGUCUCGCAACUCACGAGCCUCACUUCCGAGUUCUGCGUGAGGAUGUCUUCUUUCAAGAUAGCAAAGCCAAGAUGUGCAAGCUUUGUGGACAAAAGGGUCACGAGGCUCGCGCUUGUCGUGGGCAGGCCAAGGAGAAGGUCGGCGAAUUCGACGAGCAGGAGAAGAGUCCCAUUUUGAAGCCCUUCAUCUGGCUCCACGUUCCCAUUCUGCGGGAGUACUUGGCAGUAGAGCUUAAUGUCCCAGGUCUGCCCUUCCGCUUCGACCUAGAGAGGGCCCUUGAUGACUGGGUAUUUAUGUGCUGUUUCGUUGGCAACGACUUUCUGCCUCACUUACCGGCACUGGAGAUCCGAGAGAACGGAAUCGACACCCUGACAGCCAUUUGGAAAGAUAACUUGCCAUUCAUGGGCGGUUAUGUCACCAAGGACGGUCACGUCGACUUGGGUCGAGCGAAGUACAUUCUCAAUGGCCUAGCAAAGCAAGAGGAUGCGAUCUUCAAGAGGAGAAAGGAGACCGAGGAUCGUAGAGAGGCCAGCUUCAAGCGGAGAAAGCUUCAAGAGGAGCAGCGUAACCCCAAGUUUGCCAAGCCGAAGCAAGUCGACGAUGCAUCUGCUGGAUUGAGCUUGUUUGCGGUGGCAGGAGGACCAAAUGGCGUCACCCACGACAAAGUAGUGGGUCGGUCUUCUAACAUGAACGCCAACACUGCCAACAAGAGCGCCGCAAGCGCUAUACGGGACCAACUGAAAGGUUUGAUGCCCAAGAAUGAGAUCAGUCAGGAAGAUGACUCGGCGAAGGUCACGAAGGACGAAGUCCCCAAGCCGACCGAUGAAAGUACUGUGCUGGGAAAACGCAAAGCCGAAGAUGACACUGCAGCAAAGGCCGAAUCCGUCGCGGCCAGCGCAAAGGGCCCCGGCACGUCGUCCGCUGCCGAGGAGGCCGCGGUGGAUCAUGUCAGAAUGUGGGAAGAGGGCUACGCCGAUAGAUACUACGAACAGAAGUUUCAUGUUGAUCGGAGCGAUCUCGAGUUUCGGCACAAGGUUGCGCAGGCUUACGUGGAGGGCCUGUCGUGGGUUUUGCUAUACUACUUCCAGGGCUGUCCCUCAUGGGAAUGGUAUUACCCAUACCAUUACGCGCCCUUUGCUGCAGACUUUGUCGAUCUUGACAAGAUGGAUGUUCAUUUCGAGAAGGGGCGGAUUUCAAAGCCAUUUGAGCAGUUGAUGAGUGUGCUUCCUGCAGCCUCUCGCCACGCUUUACCCGAAGUUUUCCAUGAGCUUAUGCUGAAUGAGGACAGCGAUGUUAUCGACUUUUACCCGUCAGAUUUUGAGAUUGAUCUGAACGGAAAGAAGAUGGCAUGGCAGGGAGUGGCACUGCUGCCGUUUAUCGAAAUGCCAAGACUGCUCGCUGCCAUCGAGACGAAGUACCCUCUCCUGAGCGAGGCAGAUCAGGCGCGAAAUGGUGUCGGAAGGGACGUGCUGCUCUUAUCAGAUGCUCACCACGAACUAUAUGAUGAGAUCACUACUGGUUUCUACUCGAAGAAGCAGGGAGCGCCGACGCUCAAGCUCAGUCCCCGGACAAGUGACGGUUUGGCUGGCAACAUUGAGAAGAUACCUGAUUAUCUGCCUCACGGAGAGUUAGUGUAUCCCCUGGAGCGCGGAGGAAUGCCAAAUCUGGACUACGAUAGGUCUCUGAGAGUAUGGUACACGUUCCCAGAAAGCUCGCAUCCUCAUAAGUCGAUGCUACUGCGUGGUGCCAAGCCUCCGGCUCCAGCUCUAGAUCGCAACGACAUCGAGACUUUGAAGGGGAAGUCAGCGCGAGGCGGGCGUGGCUACGGCGGAGUCCCCUUUCAACGUGGCGGCGGACACCACAACGGCGGUCGGAGGGGGGGCCAAUUCAGUUACGCUCCUGAUGGCGGACAAGGUCGCCAAGACCGAGGACCGCCCUCUUACGGCAGUAAUGGUGGUUACGGUCGGCAGGGAUUCCAGUCGUCGGGUCCACCGCCCAUCCAAUCCUCAUGGCAACCCCCCCCUCCAGGGCACCCUGGGUUCGGCAUGGGUCUCCCGCCGCCACCUCCUCCAUCAGGGUAUGGAAACGACGGACGAGCAUCCAACGGUUCCUACCGCGGAGGAGGCUACAAUCAGCACCACAACUACGCCCCCCUCCCGCCAGGGCCACAUUCUCAGUACAGCUAUCCCGAUGGAGGUCGGCAAGGAGGCCGCGGCGGCUAUGGUGGUGGACGGGGCGGCGGCGGCGGCGGAGGCCGCGGCGGAGGUGGAGGUGGCAGAUAUGGCGGCGGCCGCAACAAUUACUGA